ACCGGCACCGAUGAGAGAUUGAGCCGGUAACGGAGAUUGGCGCGGCUAGGGUCCUGCAGCUGCCGCGCGAACCCGCUGGUGCGAGGAAAAAGAAACGGGCUCCCCUGUGCCGGCCGCCGGCUUUCGGAGCACCCCACCGCUAGUUGUGUCAUGGGCGCGCACGACUGCAGACAGGCGGGCGGGGUCACGUCUCUGAAGCGCAAUGUCGACCUACACGAGGCCUGCAAGGUGAAUCACUCGACCCCGGAAUCCAGCCCCCUCGCCAGUCGCCCAUAAAACAGACUCUUUCCUGUAAGUUUGCAGUUGGCCUUCUCUCGUGUGGAUUUCAAGAAAUCCCGAACUACAUAGAGCACAUCCGCAGAGCGUCAGUGCCCCGAUAUAGCGUACACCUGUCUAUCAAAUUGCAAUGACUCGUGACUACCGUUUCCAGACCACCGUGGAGCCGCAGAAAUUCAAGCAGAUCUUGUCGCUUCCAGGCACCGAGUGGUCGGGACUCCUCAGCGCAGCCGAAUUCGGCGAAAUCGAGGCCAAGCUGCUUGUGGACUUUAUUUUGCAGGGCAACCCAGGCCGCGCGUUUUAUCUAGAGUCCAAGACUGGCGACAUUCUUGCCUGUUGCGUGAUCACUCAGCACAAGGCCCUAUGCAAGGAGGCCGGCGUCAGCACCAUUGGCACGGUGCCGGACCCCUCGCUGUUUGGCGUCAACAACGCCACAGCCAUCAGGCUUAGUUAUGUGUUUGUAGCAAAAGACGCCAGAGGCAGCGGCUUGAUGGGGGUGCUCGUGCCCAAGGCCAUUGAGUACACGGAAGCCGAGAUCUUGAAGAAGGAGCUUGCCAAGUCCUCGGACAGAAAAGACAGCUUCAAGCUGAUGGUGCAGACGGGCGGCCGGGUGGACCAGACCCUAGCACGCCACUACUUGGCCAAGAAAUACGUGUGGUACUUGUACUCGGCAAUAGGCCUGGCCUACACCAAGUACGGCUUCAAAGCGUAUCCCCUUGAGGGCUACCAAAUCAGCCUCGACCUCGCACGGGGCAGCACGGGCCAGUUGGUCGAAAGGAUGCUCUCGCCCGACCGCCCCACGGACGUGGGGAAAACACUCCGUUUGCUUGACGGCAAGAAUCCGCAGGACCGGAACUUGAUCGACCUCGUUUUGCAGGGGAGGCAGCUCGAGCUCCUCACGGACCUAAACAGAAACGUGUACCACUCGGAGCUUCGGGGCGACCUGCACUCGUCGCUGUCAUUGACCAAUCUCUCUUCCGUACUUUCGAAUUGCAGGCCGGGUUCGUCCAGCGAGACGGCGGACAUCAUGGCCCAAUUCAAAGAGACGUUUCUAGGCACCACGGGCAAACGCCAGUCGUCCAUCCUCCUGCUGGCGUGCCCAAAAUUCGCCAUCUUGCCCAAUUUGCUCGAGAUCGACCAGAAGUUCGCCGGCAUUAGAAAGACCGCCUUGAAAGUGGGCAGCGAGGAAAACGUCCGGUACGCCGAUUACUACGGCGCCGUGCUCACCAACGAAUUGCAGCAGAAAUCCUUCUACAUUUUGUGGAUGUCACUCAAAGGAAAGGAGUUUACGAUCGUGGCCAUGGGCGAGAUGAAAUUGGAUAUGUUUGCGGCCAUGGCCGGUCCCCGUGGGCCCAGACAUCCGGGCCCUCCCAGAAGAAAAUCGUCGCUCACCGGCCUCAACGAAAUGGGCGGGUUCAAUUUCCAGGACUUGGAUCUCCUAGUGAACGCUGCCGUCUACGUGGCGCGGAAACAGGCUGUGGGCGCAGAAGGAGGCUCUGUUCACGUGAAUGUGAAUGACUUGCCGACGAGCAUUCCCAAGCCUGUUCUACACGACUUCUUUCUUAACUACUUGCCCAAGGCUUAUGACAGCCACACGGAGAAGCCCAUCUCGUCAGAUGGCAGGCUCGUGCAGGUGUUGAGCUUCACGGACAUGGAAGACUUGCCCAUGUUGAGAAAGUACGGCUGCAGCUCUGCUGAUUUCGAGUUGGACUGGGUAGGGAACAGUCUCAUUACGUGGGGCUAA